UGCACUAUAUCAUCAACAAUGCAUCAGUAGAUGGCACUGUAACCAAAGAGCAAGUGGAUGAUUUGAUGGACGCUGAUGUGGAGGCGAGCACUGAAAUAGAUGAAAUCCUCCAGCAGAUCGUGGAAUUGGAUAAAUGGAGAGAGAUAUUUAACUCCCGCGGGUUGGAAUUACCACAGGACUAUCUUAAAAGACCUAAUGAGAAGAUCAAAUCUGAAGAGGACAGUGAUGACUCUUCUAGGCCGGCCACCUCGGCCCAUCACAUCAGCUCACAGAACGAGCAGUUCACAGCGCCCUACUCCAUUCCUCGAACCCUCACAGUGUCUCUGAGUCUGGGUGGGCAACCGCUGUCACCAGAGCUGGCGGUGAGUUUAAGAAAUAUUUUGUUUGGGAACACCUUCCAUAUAUUCAACUAUGAGUGGAAGAAAUCAUUCUUCAAGUUUCGGGAGCCUUUCUCUGACAUGGCAUAUGCUCUGGAGACUGAGAGGGUGGGAGGAGCCUGUGCUAUUCAGAUGGUGGUUCAGGCUCAUAUUAUUAAAUAUUUGCUCUUCAACCGGUCAGUAAACUCAGAGUGCACAAUGCAAAGGUGA